AGAGAGGAUAUAGAGCGAGAAACAAGGCGCGGAGAGGCCGUCCAAAAACUGACCGAGAGAGAAAUUGAGAGAGACUGACGGAAAGAGAGAGAAACUGCGGGAUUCUUCGUCUUUUCCUUUUCCUUCUUUGAUCAUCAUCGUCUUAGCUCUAACCCUGUUUUAGGGCUCGAAAAUCAAUUUCCUUAAUCAGAUACUUUAUAUUUUUGGAAAGACACGCAGAAGAGCAACUAAGAACACGUCGAGAAUCGAAGAAAAGAGGGAGCAUUAUAUACGAAUCUGCGGCUAUCCAAGGAACCAAUUCGGUUUAUUCGUCGAAGAUAUAUAUAAUCCAGCUGUAUACUUUCGGAUUUCUGUGGUUCUGUUUGGUAAAUUACAAUCGGUUUCUGGAGUUCUGAAAAUUUGGGAUGAGAUCCUUCUAGAUUGGGGUAUCUAGAAGGCUCGACGGUUCGGAUCUGUUGCGGUAGGGUGGUAGUGGUGGGGGUUGGGUUGGCGAAUCGUCGGAUGAGAGAGGCCGAAUGUUUGGAGGAACGAAAGGGAGAACGAUGAAAUGGGGGACAUUGCUUAAGGACUUCAGAGAGAAGGUCGGUUUAGCUCAAUCUCCCUCAACAGCUUCAGCUUCUGUGUCUGCUUCUUCUCCCUCUUCCUUACUAUCCAGUCACAUAAGCAAUGCCUCAUCGAUUCUUCAUGACUUUGUUCCUUCUCCUGCGAGGGACAAACAAGGAUUGGAAUUGGACUUCAAGAGAUUUUGGGAAGAGUUUCGUUCAUCCAGCUCCGAAAAGGAGAAAGAAGUGGCCCUGAAUUUGACGGUUGAUGCCUUUUGUAGAUUAGUGAAGCAGCACGCUAAUGUAGCUCAAUUAGUUACCAUGUUAGUCGAAACACAUAUAUUCUCUUUUGUUGUGGGAAGAGCAUUUGUAACUGAUAUUGAGAAGUUGAAAAUGAGAAGCAAAUCCAGAUCUUUGAAUGUAGUGCAAGUGCUGAGGUUUUUUUCUGAAGUGAACAAGGAUGGCAUCUGUCCAGGUUCAAAUUUGCUAAUGGCAGUAGAAGUUCUUGUAUCUGGGCCUAUUGACAAGCAAUCCCUCCUUGAUUCCGGGAUAUUAUGCUGUCUGAUUCAUAUUCUUAAUGCCUUUCUUGGUCCUGAUGAAGCCAAUCGAAGGCCAGAGGUCACUGAUUCUGAAGAUACUCACGCAUCUGAAAAAGGUCAUGGUGGUGAUGAUGGGCAAAUUCGCAGACUUGAGGUGGAAGGAAGUGUUGUGCAUAUUAUGAAAGCAUUGGCUAGCCAUCCAGCAGCAGCCCAGAGUUUGAUUGAGGAUAGUUCCCUUCAGUUGCUGUUUCAGAUGGUUGCUAAUGGCUCAUUAACUGUCUUCUCUCAGUACAAAGAAGGUCUUGUUCCACUGCAUUGCAUACAACUUCAUAGACACGCAAUGCAGAUACUUGGGCUUCUUUUAGGCAAUGACAAUGGUAGCACCGCCAAAUAUAUACGCAAACAUAAUCUGGUAAAAAUUCUCUUGAUGGCUGUUAAAGAUUUCAAUCCAGAUUGUGGUGAUCCUGCCUACACCAUGGGCAUUGUGGACCUGCUACUUGAAUGUGUAGAAUUGUCAUAUAGACAUGAGGCUGGUGGUGUUAGGUUAAGGGAGGAUAUACACAAUGCCCAUGGUUAUCAGUUUCUUGUUCAGUUUGCAUUAGUUCUGUCCUCCAUACCGCAGAAGCUAGAUGAUCAUUCUCUUUAUUCCAAGUCUACAUCUGACCUAACUUUUGCCACAGAUAGUGCUGAUGGUUUGAAUAAUUUACGGAAAGUUGACUUUGUGGAAAAUGAGGACUCCUUGUUCCAGAAUUUAUCUCCUGCUUUGUCUAGGUUGCUUGAUGUUCUUGUUAAUCUAGCUCAAACUGGUCCAGCUGAGUCUACAGGGUCUUCUGGGGCAAAAGAGUCCAAAUUCCCUCGGACCAAGGCUGGUAGUCAUAGCAGAAGCCGGACACCAUCCUCUGAUCGUCUUAUCGAUGAAAAUUGGGAGAAGGAUAAUGGCAAAGUUAAAGACCUUGAAGCAGUCCAAAUGUUGCAAGAUGUUUUUCUUAAAGCCGAUAGCAGGGAAGUGCAGGCAGAAGUGUUAAAUAGAAUGUUUAAAAUAUUCUCAAGCCAUCUUGAAAACUACAAAUUGUGUCAGCAAUUGCGAACGGUUCCUCUUUUUAUCCUAAAUAUGAAUGGAUUACCUCCAUAUUUACAAGAGAUAAUCUUGAAAAUUCUUGAAUAUACUGUGACUGUUGCAAACUGUGUUCCUGAGCAAGAGCUUCUUUCUCUUUGUUGCUUACUGCAGCAGUCGAUAACGUCAGAUCUAAAGCAUACCAUACUUUCUUUCUUCGUAAAACUACUGUCAUUUGAUCAACAAUAUAAGAAACUCCUGCGAGAAGUUGGUGUACUGGAAGUGUUAUUAGAUGAUCUGAAGCAGCACAAGUUUCUUUUGGGUCCAGAUCAAAAUCCUAAUCAGUUGGAAAGAAAAUCCAGCUCAAGUAGCUUCAAGAAACACUUGGACAGUAAGGAUGUUAUUAUUUCAUCACCGAAGUUACUUGAAUCUGGCUCAGGGAAGUUUCGAAUCUUUGAACUCGAUAGUACAAUUUCAGUUGCUUGGGAUUGUUUGGUGCUUUUGGUGAAGAAAGCUGAAGCCAAUCAAGCUUCAUUUCGUUCCGCCAAUGGCGUGACCGUUGUUCUUCCUUUUUUGGUUUCCAACGUACAUCGUCCUGGGGUUCUCCGGAUAUUGUCAUGUCUAAUAACGGAAGAUGUUUUACAGGUUCAUCCUGAGGAAUUAAGUGCGCUUGUUGAAAUUCUGAAGAGUGGAAUGGUUACAAGUGGUGAAGGACACCAGUAUAGGCUUCAAAGUGAUGCAAAAUGUGAUGCAAUGGGAGCUCUGUGGCGCGUGCUGGGAGCUAAUAGUUCUGCCCAGAGGGUUUUUGGUGAAGCCACAGGAUUUUCUCUUCUACUAACCACUCUCCAUGAUUUCCAAGGUGAUGGAGCACAAUCAGCAGAAUCCUCUUUAGGGGUUUGCAUCAAAGUGUUCACCUAUUUAUUGCGCCUUGUGACAAUUGGAGUAUGUGAUAAUGCCAUUAAUAGGACAAAAUUGCACUCUGUUAUAUCAUCCCACACUUUCUAUGAUCUUCUAUCUGAGUCUGGCUUGCUUUGUGUGGACUAUGAAAAGCAAGUAAUACAAUUGUUGUUAGAACUCGCUCUUGAAAUUGUGCUCCCACCUUUCUUGUCCUCUGAAAAUGCAACAUCAUCUGAUAGGGCUGGACACAAGUCUGCUGGUUUUCUUUUAGCUACCCCAUCUGGUCUGUUUAAUCCCGACAAAGAACGAGUUUAUAAUGCUGGUGCUCUUAGAGUUUUGAUCCGUUCAUUGAUGCUGUUUACUCCUAAGGUGCAGUUAGAAGUGCUAGAUCUUAUUGAGAAGCUAGCUCGUGCUGGCCCUUUCAAUCAGGAAAACCUCACAUCUAUAGGUUGUGUGGGACUUCUGCUGGAUAUAAUCCAACCAUUUCUUUCAGGCUCAUCUCCAUUACUGUCUCAUGCUUUAAAGAUUGUGGAAGUUCUGGGGGUAUAUAGGUUGUCUGCUUCGGAACUCAGAUUGCUUAUUAGAUACGUUGUCCAAAUGAGGCUGAUGAAUUCGGGUCAUGUACUUGUUGAUAUGAUGGAGAAGUUGAUUCUCAUGGAAGGUAUGGCCCCUGAAAAUGUUCCCUUGGCACCAUUUGUAGAGAUGGACAUGAGCAAGAUUGGGCAUGCAUCUGUUCAGGUGUCCUUGGGAGAAAGAUCUUGGCCUCCUGCUGCUGGUUAUUCUUUUGUCUGUUGGUUCCAGUUUCAAAAUUUGUUGAAACCACAAGCUAAGGAAACUGAGCCUUCAAAAUCUGGCUUAUAUCAGAGGAGGAGCAGCUCUAGUAGCCAGCACCGGGAUCGCACUAUUCUCCGAAUAUUUUCUGUUGGGGUGGCAAAAAAUGAAAACACAUUUUUCGCAGAAUUAUACCUUCAAGAAGAUGGUGUUCUCACCAUGUCUACCGGCAACUCAUGCUCCUUAUCAUUUUCUGGAUUAGAAUUGGAAGAAGAUCGGUGGCAUCACCUUGCAGUUGUACAUAGUAAACCAAAUGCUCUUGCUGGACUCUUCCAAGCUAGUUUUGCUUAUGUGUAUCUCGAUGGAAAGCUUAGGCACACAGGAAAACUAGGAUAUUCUCCUUCACCUGUUGGAAAACUUUUGCAAGUGACAAUUGGCACUCCUGUUGCUCGUGCUAGAGUUAGUGACUUAACAUGGAAGCUUCGAUCUUGCUAUCUUUUUGAGGAGGUUCUUUCGUCAGGAUGCAUAUGCUUUAUGUACAUUCUUGGCAGAGGGUAUAGAGGGCUCUUUCAAGACUCAGAUCUUCUACGCUUCGUCCCCAACCAGGCUUGUGGUGGUGGAAGUAUGGCCAUAUUGGACUCUUUAGAUGCUGAGUUGCUUUUAACCACGUCACAGAAAAUUGACUCUGCUAGCAAGCAAGGGGACUCUAGGGCUGAUGGCAGUGGCAUUGUCUGGGAUUUUGAGAGACUAGGAAACCUCUCUCUACUACUCCUGGGAAAGAAACUGAUAUUUGCAUUUGAUGGCACUUGCACAGAAGCUGUUAGAACAUCCGGGACUAUCUCUUUGCUUAAUCUGGUUGACCCUAUGUCUGCUGCUGCUUCUCCGAUUGGGGGUAUACCACGAUUUGGACGUCUUCAUGGGGAUAUCUAUGUCUGUCGACAAUGUGUGAUUGGUGAUACCAUCCGGCCAGUUGGAGGGAUGGCUGUCGUCUUGGCCCUUGUUGAAGCUGCUGAAACAAGGGAUAUGCUUUAUAUGUCACUCACAUUGCUUGCGCACACACUUCAUCAGAAUCCUCAGAACGUGAGAGACAUGCAAACAUACCGAGGAUAUCACUUGCUAGCUUUGUUUCUGCGUCGUAGAAUGUCGUUAUUUGACAUGCAAUCCCUUGAGAUCUUUUUCCAGAUUGCUGCAUGUGAAGCUUCAUUUUCUGAACCAAAGAAGUUAGAAAAUAAUCAAAUUACAUUUUUGCCUACUGCAACUCUACAGGAAGACAAUUUUGAGGAUCUUAGUUUGUCAAAAUUUCAUGAUGAAGUUUCUUCAGUUGGAUCUCCUGUAGAUAUGGAUGACUUUUCUGUGCAUAAAGAUUCAUUUAGUCCUAUUUCUGAGCUAGAAAAUGCUGACAUAUCUGUUGAAACUUUAAAUUGCAUUGUCUUGUCAAAUGCGGAUAUGGUUGAGCAUGUCUUGUUGGACUGGACGUUAUGGGUGAUAGCCCCGGUCUCUAUUCAAAUCGCACUGCUGGGGUUUCUUGAGCAUCUAGUUUCCAUGCACCGGUACCGGAAUCAUAAUCUUACAGUCCUUAGACGAAUCAACCUUGUACAACAUUUACUAGUGACUCUGCAGCGUGGUGAUGUUGAAGUUCCUGUUUUGGAGAAAUUGGUUGUAUUGCUUGGGGUGAUUUUAGAAGAUGGAUUUCUGGCUUCUGAACUUGAGCAUGUGGUUAGGUUUUUGAUUAUGACUUUUGAUCCACCUGAACUAAAACGACAUCAAAUAAUGCGAGAAUCGAUGGGGAAGCAUGUAAUUGUAAGGAGUAUGCUGUUGGAAAUGCUUAUUGAUUUGCAAGUCACAAUAAAAUCGGAAGAAUUGCUUGAGCAAUGGCAUAAGCUAGUCUCUUCCAAAUUGAUAACAUACUUUCUUGAUGAGGCUGUUCAUCCUACAAGCAUGAGAUGGAUUAUGACUCUUCUUGGUGUAUCUCUUGCUUCUUCUCCUACAUUUGCGCUAAAAUUUCGUACCAGUGGAGGUUAUCAAGGUCUGUUGAGGGUACUUCCAAGUUUUUAUGACUCUCCUGACAUAUACUACAUCUUGUUCUGUCUGAUAUUUGGAAAGCAUGUUUAUCCAAGACUACCUGAAGUCCGAAUGCUAGACUUCCAUGGCCUUAUCCCGAGUGAUGGAAGUUAUGUGGAGUUAAAGUUUGUGGAAUUACUGGAGUCUGUGAUUGCAAUGGCAAAAUCCACAUUUGAUAGGUUGAGCUUGCAGUCAAUGCUUGCCCACCAAACUGGCAACCUUUCCCAGGUUGGAGCUAGCCUAGUGGCAGAGCUUGUAGAGGGAAAUGCUGACAUGGCUGGGGAGCUGCAAGGUGAAGCUCUGAUGCAUAAAACCUAUGCAGCCCGCUUAAUGGGUGGGGAGGCAUCAGCUCCUGCUGCUGCAACUUCAGUCUUGAGAUUCAUGGUUGAUCUAGCAAAGAUGUGCCCCGCAUUUUCAGCUGUUUGCAGACGGACAGAAUUUCUUGAGAGCUGCAUUGACCUAUAUUUUUCUUGUAUUAGGGCGGUAUAUGCUGUGAAAAUGGCAAAGGAACUCUCUGAGAAAACAGAAGAGAAGAACUUAAAUGAUUGUGAAGAUACUUGUAGCUCUCAAAAUACAUUCUCUAGCUUGCCUCAUGAACAGGAACAGUCUUCCAAAACAUCAAUUGGUAUUGGAAGCUUCCCUCAGGGGCAGGUUAGUUCGUGUUCUGAGGACAUACCUUUGCCUUCAACUUAUACUGGUAAUGACAAAGAAGAGGUCAAGCUUCCUACUUCCAAGCAGGAAUUGAUCAAAUCAAUCCAAGAAGAUUCCCAAGCCAUUCAGCACUUGAAUGUUGAUACUGUAGCUCAGGUUUCUGCCCCCUUUGUUACAAAUGAUUUCAGCACUUGUAAUGAAAAGGGUAUCCUGGAUUCUGUCCAACAAAUUGAUUUCCAGAGUUCUUCAUCUCUUAAAUCACUAGAGUCCCCCAUUUUAUCUGAGAAGUCUGCUGCCAGAGUUCCACUUACACCUUCUUCAACUCCAGUUAUUGCAUUGACGUCUUGGCUGGGAAGUGCAAGCCAAAGGGAGUCCAGUGCUCCAGUAACUGGCACUCAUUCCAUGGACUCAUCCUUUUCUAUGAAUGAAUUUGAUCCAUCCUCAGAGUUGAAGUCUGAUUCCCAGGGACCUUCUGCUGCAAAUACAUUUUUUGCAGUUAGUUCUAAGCUGCUUCUUGAGGUCGAUGAUUCUGGUUAUGGGGGUGGACCGUUCUCUGCUGGAGCAACUGCCGUUUUAGAUUUUAUGGCAGAAGUUCUUUCAGAAUUUGUGACUGAGCAGAUGAAAGCUGCACAUGUCAUAGAGGCUGUUUUGGAAAUUGUUCCAUUACAUGUUGAUGCUGAAUGUGUGUUAGUUUUUCAGGGUUUGUGCCUUAGUCGACUGAUGAACUUCCUUGAAAGGCGUCUUGUACAAGAUGAUGAGGAAGACAAGAAAAGGCUAGAUAAGAGCCGAUGGUCCUCAAAUUUGGACACUCUGUGCUGGACGAUAGUGGAUCGCCUUUAUAUGGGUGCUUUACCUCGGCCUGCCGGUGUACUCAGAACUCUGGAGUUUUUGUUGUCAAUGUUACAGUUGGCAAAUAAAGAUGGUCGUAUUGAAGAAGCUGCUCCUUCGGGGAAGGGUCUUCUAUCUAUUGGAAGAGGAAGCAGGCAACUUGAUGCUUAUAUACAUUCGAUUCUUAAGAAUACAAACCGUACCAUACUAUACUGUUUUUUGCCGUCAUUCUUGGUCACCAUAGGAGAGGAGGAUCUACUGUCAUCAUUGGGUUUGCUUAUUGAAACUAAACGGAGGUUAUCCUUCAAUUAUUCACAAGAAGAUUCAGGAAUCGAUAUCUGCACAGUUUUACAGUUGUUAGUUGCAAACAGAAGAAUAAUCUUCUGUCCCAGCAAUCUUGAUACUGAUCUAAAUUGCUGUCUCUGUGUAAAUUUAGUGGCUCUUUUGCAUGAGCAAAGGCAGAAUGUACAGAACAUUGCAGUUGAUCUGAUUAAGUACCUAUUGGUGCAUCGCAGGGCUGCACUAGAAGACUUGCUAGUCUCUAAACCUAACCAAGGGCAGCAGCAGGAUGUUUUACACGGUGGUUUUGAUAAAUUGUUGACUGGGAGUUUGGCUGCUUUCUAUGAGUGGCUUCAGUGUUCUGAACAGAGUGUGAAUAAAGUGUUGGACCAGUGUGCUGUCAUUAUGUGGGUUCAGUAUAUUGCAGGGUCGGCAAAAUUCCCUGGUGUUAGAAUAAAAGGUAUGGAGGGUCGUCGUAAGAGGGAAAUGAUGAGAAGAUCACAAGAUACUUCAAAGUCAGACCAAAAACACUGGGAGCAGGUAAAUGAACGUAGAUAUGCGCUGGAACUGGUUCGUGAUGCAAUGUCAACCGAGCUGAGAGUAGUACGCCAAGAUAAGUAUGGAUGGGUUCUCCAUGCUGAAAGUGAGUGGCAAAACCUUCUUCGGCAAUUUGUACAUGAGCGUGGAAUCUUUCCAAUGCGUAAAUCCUCUGCAGCUGAAGAUCCUGAAUGGGAACUUUGUCCCAUUGAAGGUCCGUACAGGAUGCGCAAAAAGCUUGAGCGCUCAAAGUUGAAAAUUGACACAAUCCAAAAUGUUCUUGAUGUACAGUUUGAUAUAGGAGAAGCAGAGCUGUUCAAACGUAAACAUGAAGAUGGCCUCAGUGCUUCUGAUACCGACUCUGAAUCAAUUUUCCACCUAUUGAAUGACAGUGGCAAACAGAAUGGACUUCAUAGGGAUUUGUAUGAAGAUUCAUUUUUUAAAGAAUCAGGUGAUGUUAAAGAUGCAGCUUCUGUUAGGAGUGGAUGGCUCGAUGACAGAUCUAGUAGUGUAAAUGAUGCUAGUCUUCACUCCGCACUAGAGUUUGGUGCAAAGUCUAGUGCAGUCUCGCUACCUAUGACAGAUAACAUUCCAGCGAAAUCUGAUCUAGGCUCUCCAAGACAAUCAUCUUCGGCUAAAAUUGAUGAAGUCAAAGCUCCAGAGGAUAAAUCAGAUAAGGAACUAAAUGAUAAUGGUGAAUAUUUAAUUAGACCUUAUCUGGAACCUCUGGAAAAUAUACGAUUCAAAUAUAACUGUGAACGAGUUAUGGGCCUGGACAAACAUGAUGGCGUAUUUCUCAUAGGGGAACUCUGUUUAUAUGUGAUCGAGAAUGUUUACAUUGAUGAUUCUGGAUGUAUUUGUGAAAAGGAAUGUGAAGAUGAACUCUCUGUUAUCGAUCAGGCUUUGGGUGUAAAGAAGGAUGUGACUGGAAGUAUGGAUUUCCAGUCCAAGUCGCCUGUGUCCUUGGGGUCAACAGUAAAGACGAUGGUUGGGGGAAGGGCAUGGGCCUAUAGUGGUGGUGCAUGGGGAAAGGAGAGAGUGUGCUCUAGUGGUAAUUUACCUCAUCCUUGGCGCAUGUGGAAGCUUAAUAGUGUGCAUGAGAUUUUGAAACGUGAUUACCAGCUCCGUCCUGUCGCUGUUGAAAUAUUUAGCAUGGAUGGAUGCAAUGAUCUGCUGGUAUUCCACAAAAAAGAGAGAGAAGAAGCGUUCAAAAAUCUAGUUGCCAUGAAUCUUCCGCGAAACAGCAUGUUGGACACUACAAUUUCUGGAUCAAUGAAGCAAGAGAGCAAUGAGGGCAGUCGUCUUUUCAAGAUAAUGGCUAAAUCCUUCUCGAAAAGGUGGCAAAAUGGAGAAAUUAGCAAUUUCCAGUACCUCAUGCAUCUCAAUACCUUGGCAGGGCGUGGAUACAGUGAUCUAACCCAAUAUCCAGUGUUCCCAUGGGUUCUUGCAGAUUAUGAUAGUGAAAAUCUGGACUUCUCAGAUCCAAAAUCAUUUCGUAAGCUUGACAAGCCCAUGGGUUGUCAGACACCAGAGGGUGAAGAGGAAUUCAGGAAAAGAUAUGAAAGUUGGGAUGAUCCUGAAGUGCCAAAAUUUCAUUAUGGGUCCCAUUAUUCUAGUGCUGGGAUAGUCCUGUUCUAUCUUAUACGCCUGCCACCAUUCAGUAUAGAGAAUCAAAAGCUACAGGGUGGCCAAUUUGAUCAUGCUGAUCGUCUUUUCAAUAGUAUUAGAGAUACUUGGUUAAGUGCAGCUGGUAAAGGCAACACAUCAGAUGUGAAGGAAUUGGUUCCCGAGUUUUUUUAUAUGCCAGAGUUCCUGGGAAAUCUGUUUAAUCUCAACUUGGGAGAGAAACAAUCUGGAGAUAAGGUUGGUGAUGUCAUUUUACCUCCGUGGGCUAAAGGGAGUACUCGAGAGUUCAUUAAGAAGCAUCGGGAAGCUCUUGAAUCUGAUUAUGUUUCAGAAAAUCUGCAUCAUUGGAUUGACCUCAUUUUUGGAUAUAAACAGAGAGGGAAGGCCGCUGAAGAAGCUGUUAACGUGUUCUAUCAUUACACAUAUGAGGGGAGUGUGGAUAUAGACUCAGUUACAGAUCCUGCUAUGAAAGCCUCUAUUCUGGCACAAAUUAAUCACUUCGGCCAGACUCCCAAGCAGUUAUUCCUCAAACCCCAUGUAAAAAGGCGGCCGGACAGAAAGCUCCUUCCACAUCCACUUAAAUAUUCAUCCUAUCUUGUUCCACAUGAAAUACGCAAGAGCUCUUCUGCCAUAACCCAGAUUGUUACUGUUCAUGAGAAAAUUCUUCUGGCUGGGGCAAACAGUUUUCUUAAACCUAGAACAUAUACAAGAUAUGUUGCAUGGGGAUUUCCAGAUCGUAGCUUGAGAUUUAUGAGUUAUGAUCAAGAUAAGAUUCUCUCCACCCAUGAGAACCUUCAUGAGGGAAACCAGGUUCAGUGCGCUGGUGUUAGCCAUGAUGGUCAAAUUUUGGUUACAGGGGCUGAUGAUGGACUAGUGUCUGUUUGGAGAAUCAGUAAGGAUAGUCCCCGUGCCACACGACGCUUGCGGUUAGAAAAGGCUCUUUGUGCCCAUACUGCCAAAAUCACAUGUCUCGAUGUUUGCCAGCCUUACAUGUUAAUUGUGAGUGGAUCAGAUGACCACACUGUAAUUAUAUGGGACCUCAGCUCUUUGGUUUUUGUUAGGCAGCUCCCUGAGUUCCCUUCACCGGUUUCAGCACUUUAUGUGAAUGACUUGACCGGUGAGCUGGUAACAGCUGCUGGAAUUCAGCUUGCUAUUUGGAGCAUCAAUGGGGAUUGCCUUGCAGUUGUUAACACAUCCCAGCUGCCAUCUGAUUCUAUUCUCUCAGUGAGAAGUUGUAAAUUUUCUGAUUGGCUGGACACAAACUGGUACAUUACAGGACAUCAAAGUGGGGCUAUUAAGGUGUGGCAAAUGGCUCACAGCUCUGACCAAAUGAGUGCGCAAAGUAGAUCUUAUGGCAGUGGGAUGAGUGGGUUAGAUUUGGGUGAUAAAAUGCCGGAGUACAGGUUGGUUCUGCAUAAGGUACUGAAAUCACAUAAGCAUCCAGUUACUGCUCUUCACCUAACAAGUGACCUAAAACAAUUACUGAGUGGGGAUGCCGGUGGGUAUUUGCUAUCCUGGACACUUCCAGAUGAGAGCUUGAAAGCUUCAUUUAGUCAGGGGUGAGAAUAGAAAAGUUACUGUUGAAGUGGAUAAUUCAAGCCCUAGGAGUUCUCAUAUUUAUGGACAACCCAAUGUGGCUUUUUUGAGUCCUUCCUUUGCUAAGGAAAUGACAGAUGCUGUGUUCAUGAGACAUGGAAAGGCCAGCAGGGCUGGCCUAGGAUUGAAACGAGUUGAGCAAAGGAAGACAAUACUUCAUUUGACCUUGUGGAAAAGGUUUAUAUCGUUGACAAGCACAAGGCGUACCGCGACUUACACGCCUCGAGCCAUUGUCUUCUGGUUGAGAAGGACAAGUUACACGCCGCACAUUUUGUUGUAUUUUUGGGGAUUGGUUUUGCACAAGAAGAUCAAUUGACUAGGUUUUUUCUGAUGUAAAUAUAUGGAUUACUAGCAUUGUGAAAUUAAGUUGUAUAGUGGGAAGUCCACCGUGAGGGACUGGUAGAUGGAAGGACCUUGAUUGGGUCGAUUACUUACUCGAGUGUACAAGUUUUUUUUUUUCUUUCUUAAUUUUGUUAUUUUUGCAUAGUCAAACGGGUAUUGCCCAUUUCUUACAGUGAAAAUUGCUCUCUUUCUGUGGUUAAUCACAGAUCAUUUUCCCUAGAA